AUGGAGCACUACAGACAUCAGGGACAACAUGGAGGACUACAGACAUCAGGGACAACAUGGAACACUACAGACAUCAGGGACAACAUGGAGGACUACAGACAUCAGGGACAACAUGAGGACUACAGACAUCAGGGACAACAUGGAGGACUACAGACAUCAGGGACAACAUGGAGGACUACAGACAUCAGGGACAACAUGGAGGACUACAGACAUCAGGGACAACAUGAGGACUACAGACAUCAGGGACAACAUGGAGGACUACAGACAUCAGGGACAACAUGA